AUGUUUACUCCCAUAAGUCCCGAAAGUGAUGGCUGCAAUCAAUGCAUCAAUAUUGGCACCGAAUGCAUCUCCUCACGAUUUGGUGUGAUUCGUCGCAAGAGAAAGCGCACAAGCAGAGCGCAUGAUUAUAGCCAGGCCGCUUCGGAGGCUUCCAUUAAGAGCACACCCAUCACCACUACAGCGGAAAGGAGUAUUGAUAUUGUUCAAUGUCAUCUGGCACCUGAUAUAGAAGCUACUCGCGAGCGAUUGAGCACAAAUGCUACUUCACAACAGCAGGGAUUGAUUGAUGCGCUCUCAUCUCUUUCGGAACCCUGCACGAAUACAGGUCUUCGAUAUGAAGCUCCGAAACUUCAAACCGUACCUCGGGACUCUAACCCCUUCGAAGGCCAUGCAGCUGGAUGGGCAGAGAGUAGGCAAAAUUCUUCCCGAGCUCCUCCAUUCCGUUGA